AUGGCCGAAACUAUUUUAGGCUCAACUGCUCGUCAACGCUUAGAACCUUUCCUUUUGCUUUCCAAAUCAGCCAAGGGCAGUGCAUGUGUUCAGCUUAUUAAAGAUGCUCUUUCUUCACCUGGAGUUUAUGUAUUUGCCGAGCUUCUGGCUAUGCCUAACGUUGCCGAGCUUGAAAAUAAUGAGCAAUAUCAAUCAUACCAUAGAUUGCUACGACUUUUUUCAUAUGGAACUUAUAAAGAGUAUAAAGAAAAUGCGUCGACGUUGCCUCCGCUGGAACAGAAUCAACUUAAUAAAUUGAAAUAUUUAUCAAUUGUGUCUUUAUCAGAAGAAACGAGAACAAUUCCAUAUGAUAUACUUUUGGAAUAUCUUGAUAUACCAAAUGUUCGUGAACUUGAAGACUUAAUUAUUGAAGCUAUUUAUCAAGAUGUCAUCAAAGGUAAAUUGGAUCAAAAGAGAAAACAAAUUGAAAUCGAAUACACAAUGGGAAGAGAUUUGAGACCUGGUCAAAUCGAUCAAAUGUUACAAGUAUUGGGUGCUUGGUCUCAAACAUCAGAGGAAAUUCUAUCGGUCAUAGAUGAAAAAAUUAUACAGGUACGAGAUGCCGCCAUUCAUAACAAAAAACAAAAGGAGGAAUACGAAAAAGAAGUUGAUCGUCUUAGAAGAGAAGUUAAAUCCAAUUCAAAGAACGCAGAUCAUAUGGAGAUCAUGAGUGGAAAUGCGAUUGACCAAUAUGGCAGCAUGGAUUAUCAUGAUGAAAAUACCAAGGGAGGUGGAAGACCAGGAAAAAGGUAA